AUGGCUGGAGCUGAAGCUACUAAAUAUGCUUCUGCUACAAACAACAUAACAAAAUCAAAGAAACCAAACAUGAGAAGAUUCAUUGGUGUAAGACAAAGGCCAUCAGGCAGAUGGGUAGCUGAGAUCAAAGACUCAUCUCAACAUGUAAGAUUAUGGCUUGGAACUUAUGACACACCAGAAGAGGCAGCUCGAGCUUACGACGAAGCCGCUCGAGCUUUACGUGGCGAAAAUGCUCGAACCAAUUUCGCCGCAGCAUCAGAAACCACCACACCAGUUAAUGAUGAUCAAGGACUAUUAUCAUCAGCACAAACAAAUGAAGGAAAAAACAACAGUUUAACUUUUGCUUCAUUGAAAGCAAAGUUGAGCAAGAAUCUUCAAAGUAUUAUGGCAAGAACCAGUGAUCAUCAUAACAACAGCAACAAGUUUUCAAAGAGUAGAGUGAGUGAUCAUUUCACCUUUGCUAGCAUAUUCAACCGGAAGAAUAAUUACCACCAAAUCUCUGCCGUUGAUAUGAAGAACAUUGAAAAAGUGGUGCAGCCUAGCAUUAUUGUUCCCUCUAUUGAAUCUUCAAGUGUUUCUGAUUCUAGUUCUGAGUGGUUUGGUUUUCAGAAUCAUGGAUUAGACUCCGAUGGAUCCGAGAAUAAUAACAAUAAUAACAAUAAUAGUAAUAAUGUCGGCGAUCAAGGUUUUUUGGAUCAACUCUUGGGUUGGAUUGAUGAUACUUCUGAUAUUUGUGAAGGUUCAAGUAGCAAGAGGUUUAAGGUAUCUUCUUCUGUUCUAGUGCCUCCAACUUUCUCUAGCUGUCCCUAUGAUUGUGGUUCACCUUAUAGUGGUUAUGCUUCUCCUUAUAAUAGUUGUGGCUCUCCUUGUAAUGGAUAUGCAUCUCCUUAUUAUGGUAACAAGAAUUAA